CUAGCCCUAGCCCCGUACCCCGACCCGCAGUGCGCCAGUGCCUGACCCCCAGUUGCAGCCGCCGGCCCGCCGCCAAGGAACUCUGCUCCUCCAGGCUCCAGCCUCCAAGCUCCGGUCGUGUCUCCACCUCGCGGAUUCGCACCCCUGCCCUAGCAUGCGGCUGCGGCGCUGCGCCCCUCGGCCCCCGUCCCUGCCCUGCCUACGCGCGGCUACGCUGCUGCCGCCAGUCGGCUGUCGGGCGCCCCUGCCGGCCUGCUCUCGUGGCCUUGCUCAUUCACCAAGCUGCAGAAAAUAGAAUACCCUGAUUUAAGAUUUGUUGAAAAAUGAAGAGGGUUGUAGACAUUGUUUCUCUUUUCCAGAGGGAAGCUAUGAAAAUAGGUAAGAAGAAGAAGGCGGAGAAUAUGCCGGAUGUGGCUGAAGAGCAAACCGGCGAAGUUGUGUGUAUGCCGGUUGUGAUUGAAGAGCAAACUGAAGAACCAAUAUUGUCUAUGUCAAAUGUGACCACAGAGCAAACUGAAGAUGUGUCAUCGCCGUAUCGUCAAGAGCUUGAAAAACGGUUUGAUGAGAUCAAUAUGGAAUUGCUAUCUUGUAUGUCUGCUUUGAAUCCUGCCAACUCAUUUGCUGCUUUUGAUGCACAAAAGGUAUGAAGACUUGCUGAAUUUUAUCCCAAAGACUUUUCAAGUGCCGACUUGAUACACCUUGAACUACAACUUGAUAACUAUAUUGAUGACAUGAGAAAUGAUGAGAACUUCCAAGGCCUUGGAAAUCUUGUUGAUCUCUCGGUUAAGCUGGUUCAAACAGGGAGACACAUAGUUCAUCAUUUGGUGUACUUGCUUUUAAAAUUGGUAUUGAUUCUACCGGUGGCAACGGCAAAUGUUGAGAGAGCAUUUUCUGCCAUGAGUAUAGUCAAGAGCAAGUUGAGAAACAAGAUGGGUGAUAGUCUUUUGUAUGAUUGCCUAGUUACAUACAUUGAGAGGGAUGCUUUCUCCGAGGUGAAUGAAGAUGACAUAAUUGAUACCUUCAUGGCAAUGCAAAAGCGUAGGCCAAAAACAUAGUCUUUUUGAACUUCUCAAGGUAUGUACUAUGGUGAGUGUUUCUAUUUGAUACCUUCAUGGUAGCCAUGUACUAUUUACUAUGUAGGCUUAUUUAUGCAAAACUGAUAUUGAAUUGUGAAUUCUAGUGUGUUCGUAAGACCAUAUUGAUCUAUUUUUUUGUCCUAUUGAUAAUUAGUUAGAAUGUUCACAUGUCAUAUUAGUUAUAAAAAAAAUUGGGGCGGCUUGUAUCAGGACGUGAACAUGGACGGCAGCCUCACUGGCUGCGCACUGUUCGGCUCGAGCACGACGACGCUGUCGGCGCACAAUGAGGAGAAGACGGCCAUCACCGUGGCCGUGGGUGGCAACGAGCCCAGCGGCCGGUACAUCCUGGUGGCGGGGCGCUCCGACGAGAAGGACGGCGUGCGCCUGCCGAUUCCAGUGGGCGUCCUGAAGCCUGCGAUCACGUACCGCGUGGCCGGGUGGAUCAGCCUCGGCGGCGCAGGAGCGGCACCGGGCACAAGCCACCCGGUGCGCAUCCACCUUGACGUGGACGAGAAUGGCAGCGAGAGCCAGCUGGUGGAGUACGGCGCGGUGUGCACCCAGGAGGGCGCGCGGACGGAGAUCAUGGGCGCCUUCCGCCUCAGGACGGAGCCGCGCAGCGCCGCCGCGGUUUGCGUCCACGGCGCCCCUGCCGGCGUCGAUGUCAAGGUCAUGGAUCUCCGCGUCUCCCCGGUGGACCACAAGGCGCGCUUCAGGCAACUCAAGGACAAGACUGACAAGAGGGACGUGAUUCUCAAGGUGGGAGCGGGAGCGGCGGCGGCGUCCGUGCGCGUGGUGUAGUUGGACAACGGGACAUGCAUCAACACGUCCGUCAUCCAGAAGCCGGCCUUCCUCGACUUCUUCACCAACCACUUGGACUGGGCCGUCUUCGAGGACGAGCUCAAGGGGUACCACACUGAGGCGCAGCAGAGCCAGCUCAACUACGCCGACGCCGACGCGCUGCUCGCCUUCUGCGACCGCCUGGGCAAGAGCGUCCGCGGCCACUGCGUCUUCUGGUCCGUGGACGGCGACGUGCAGUAGUGGGUCAAGAACCUCAGCAAGGACCAGCUCAGGUCCGCCAUGCAGAGCCGCCUCGAGGGCCUCGUCUCCCGCUACGCCGGCCGGUUCAAGCACUACGACGUCAACAACGAGAUGCAGCAGGGUCGCUUCUUCCGCGACCGCCUCGGCUAGGACUUCCCGGCGUACAUGUUCAAGGAGGUUGCCCGGCUGGACCCGGAGCCCGCGCUCUUCGUCAACGACUACAACGUCGAGCGCGCCAACGACCCCAACGCGAGGCCGGACAAGUACGCCGAGCAGGUCGCGUGGCUGCAGAGGCAGGACGACAAACAUACCCAACACGAUACUACCACCACCCCCUUGUAGAAUAUAGGUCAAAUGCACCCUAUCCAGCAACUAGCCUUGUCACCAAAAUUAAUACUGCAUGAAUAUGCGUUGUGAUUCUAUA